GCGGGGACGCGGGCGGCGAGCAACCCGGAGGGACAGCAGUUGGGACGCGGGGCGGCUGAGUGAGUGCUCAUCAUGGCUUCCAGCCACACUGUGUUGAUGCGACUGGUAGCCUCAGCCUAUUCUAUUGCCCAGAAGGCAGGAACCAUAGUCAGGUGUGUCAUUGCUGAAGGAGAUCUGGGCAUCGUGCAGAAGACCUCAGCCACAGACCUGCAGACCAAAGCAGACCGCUUGGUGCAGAUGAGCAUAUGCUCUUCCCUGGCACGGAAGUUCCCUAAGCUGACAAUAAUAGGGGAGGAGGACCUGCCUCCUGGGGAAGUGGAUCAAGAGCUGAUUGAAGACGGGCAAUGGGAGGAAAUCCUGAAGCAGCCAUGUCCAUCGCAGUAUAGCGCUAUUAAAGAGGAAGACCUUGUGGUUUGGGUUGACCCCUUAGAUGGCACCAAGGAAUACACUGAAGGUCUUCUUGACAAUGUUACCGUUCUUAUUGGGAUUGCUUAUGAAGGGAAGGCCAUUGCAGGCAUCAUCAACCAGCCAUAUUACAACUACCAGAACAAUGAAAAGGAGAAGUUAAGGGAGCAGAGGAAGGAAGCGAAGGCCGGCCCUGAUGCUGUGCUUGGCAGGACCAUCUGGGGAGUUCUGGGUUUGGGUGCUUUUGGGUUUCAGUUGAAAGAAGCGCCCGCCGGGAAGCACAUCAUCACAACCACCCGGUCCCAUAGCAACAAGCUGGUCACAGACUGCGUGUCAGCCAUGAAUCCCGACAACGUGCUUCGAGUCGGGGGAGCAGGAAACAAGAUCAUCCAGCUGAUUGAAGGCAAAGCCUCUGCUUAUGUAUUCGCUAGUCCUGGCUGUAAGAAGUGGGAUACUUGUGCCCCGGAAGUUAUCUUACAUGCUGUGGGAGGGAAGUUGACAGACAUCCACGGGAAUGCCCUCCAGUACAACAAGGAGGUGAAGCACAUGAACUCUGCCGGAGUCCUGGCUGCACUGAGGAAUUAUGAAUACUACGCUAGCCGAGUUCCAGAGUCUGUGAAAAAUGCACUGACUCCCUGAGGGGCUGUUUCCCUGGAGGACUUGGUUCUCACAGUAACAUGUCUUAGAACUGAAUUAGAGCUCAUUGACCAGUGAUUUGUAUCAGUAGUUAGGGAUAGAAGAGGCAUUAAAAAUUUUACUAUACAUAGUCUAAUACUCACAUGCCUUAAGCAUAUAAUACAUUUUAUUUGUCAUUUCUCCUGCCUAAAAAUAAUUAGCCAGGUGUGGUGGCACAUGUGAUAGUCACACAGAUAUUUCAGUGGUUGAGCUGGGAGGAUUUCUUGAGCCCAGGGCCCUCAAGACUAGACUCUACUACACAGCAAGACACUGCCUAAAAUCGGAGAAAAAAAAACAAAAGGAAUCUAGUUUUACCAUUAGCUAACCAGACCAAUUGUUUUGACAUCUGGGUAAGUUUUCAUUUCAAUGCCUUAAGUGGUCUUUUUUUGUUGCUUUUGUUAUGGUUUGCUUGUUUUUGCUUUUGUUUUUUGAGACAGGGUUUCUUCUCUGUAUAGUCCUGGCUGUCCUGGAACUCCAUCUAUAGACCAGGCUGGCCUCCACCUCUGCUUCUAGAGUGCUGGUAUUAAAGGCAUGUGCCACCACUCCUGGCUCAAGUGUUAUUGUUUUUAAGUGGAGAAAUGAAAAAGGAUUAGUUCCAAAUAACUGUCCCAGUCAUUUGUACAAUCAACAUUCCUGCUUGUAAACUGGAUUUCUUCAAGACAGAGUCUUUGUUGUUCUUGUUGAGACCGUUUUUCUUUGUAGCCCUGGCUGUUCUGGAACUUGGCUCUAUAAAUCAGGCUAGCCUCAAACUCACAGAGGUUGGCCUGCCUUUGCCUCAAGUGCUGGCUUUAAGGGUGUGUAUUACCACUGCUCAGAUAGGACCCAGAAUCUUAAGUUGCAUCAGAAUUUCACUUUUUUUUUCCCACAGUAAUUUUUAGAAUUGAUGACUCCACCAAGAAUGCAUAAUGAGAUUAUUUAUGUUGAUAGAUUUAUGGGGGAAAUUUCUUUAAAAUAAAUUAUUAUUUGCUCCUAGA